CCUUGUAAAACAAACAUUCGGUACGCUAUGAUCAAACACGCCGGCUACUUCCUGUCUUACGAUGUAAACAAACCAGCGUUGACUGUUGUGUAUAGUUAAUGUCCAAAAAUGGAAUUGACGACAAGGGUAUUGCAUGACUAUCCACAAUAUAUGGAAGAAUGUGCAGAUAUUCUAAAUGAAGAAUGGCCAAGAAGUAAAGCGGCGAGGCUGCACAGUCUACAAAAGUCAAAUGAGAAGUUCCCAGUUUGUCUAGUACUUGUCAACAAAGAGAAAGGAGAAGAACUAUUGUUGGGUCACAGCAAACUGUCCAUCGUGUAUGGAAAGGAGAGCUGUUGUCUUAUAGAAUCAGUUUGUGUGAGGAAGAAACUAAGAGGGAAAGGAUAUGGGAGAGUUAUCAUGCAAGAGUCAGAAAAAUAUGCCACAAGUCGGGGCUACCACACCAUGUACCUGACUACACAUGAUAAGCAGGAUUUCUAUAAACACCUGAACUACACCUUCUGUGAGGCAGUCAUCAGCUUUGGUGCUGAUCCUAAACUUAUACCAGAACAUUUAAUAAAACAGCUGACAGCUGCAACCUUGAGACCUCAGGAAAAGGAGCGGGAAUCUUCAGACAAACAGAACAGUAUAAUUCUACCCCCACCUGCCAAAUCAACCCAAGAUGGACCCUCCCCAAAAUCAUCAACUGCUCCACCAUGUCCACCUCUUACACACAGCACUGCCCCAUUAGCUCCACCCAAUCUUACUGUUCCACCACCUCCCCCACCACCACCACAACCCAUUUCACAGGACAAAACAUCUAAUCAGGGAAAACCAGAGAUAGUGAAAUGGGACCCUAGACACAUAUCAUGGAUGAGGAAGGAUCUCAGUUGAUACAGCAAGGUGCCGAUGGCAUUUAUAGAGCUGUACUGCUGCAGAGUAUCGGAUAUGACCCUUCAAACCACUUUAGUCCUGUGUAAAACUUCAGUCUUAUGUAAAGGGAGUUCCAACACUGAGGUAUGAGUACACCUGUUGUGUUACAAGUAUAUUACUGCAGAAUUGAACUAAGUUUAACUAUAUAAAUAACAUCAGAUUCACUGCUGUCCCAUUCAUGGCAUCCCUUUCCUGAAGUCCACUGUCAUUCUACAUGUAUUUAUGGAAUUAAGAUCAGGUUUAUAAUCAGAUUGGUGCAAUAAUUUAACACUUUAUACAUCCAAGAUUUAACUAUCCAGUUUGAUAAUGCUGAAAUACAUGUACAGUGGAUUAUUUCCUGGAAAAUGCUAUUUUGUUAAGAUUUCAUAAGUGUUACAAGAAACAAUUUGUUCUUGAGAUAUAUUUAACAUACCAAUCUCAAACUGAUCUGAUGUCAGAGAUCUGUGCAUGGUACUGUUCCGAAUGACCAGUUCUUAAAACAUGUUUCAUCGUAAAGCUGAAAGUUCUUUUUGUACUCUAGAUAUACUCUUUUCUUAACCUAAGUGUGAACAAAGAUAAAUUGAUAGCUUGAUAUAGAAGUCUCACUUGAUUCAAGUCUUGCCUCUGAUAUUGUGUGAAGAUCAGGAUUACCUACAUGUACAGUAUAUGGUUUACCAGAUACUUAGCAUUUAUGGAUAUAAAUGUCUGGUAAAAAAGUGAUUAAAGGGACAUCACGGUAAAAA